UUCAUUCACCCACGCGUGGUGAAGGAAGCCCGCUUACCCACGACAGGGUCUCCGACUCCCAUCUCCGUCACCCUGGGGGAUGCCAAGACCCAGCGCUUCUUCGAUCAGACGGUCACCGAUCUUCCUUUCUUCCUCACUCUUGGAUCGUCCCCCGGCGUCUCGUCGCCACCGCUCCUCUACACAUUUCGAUGCGAUGGAGACGGGGUACGACUUCAUUCUCGGCACUCCGUGGUCUCGUCAGUUCCGCAGCACCGAGGUCAAUUGGGUGACCAACACUCUCGUUCUCAAAACGAAGUGUGGACAAACGUAUCCCGUACCUUUCAUAGGUACCACCGCGACACCACGCCCCGAUCCUCCUCCCCUGGAGCCUUCCGUGCGCACACUAUCUCCUACGGUCACUGUCACCUCACCUCGGCAGUUUGCUCACUUCAUCCGACAGGACGACGUCACCUUCUUUAUGGUGAACGUUACGAAUCUCUUACACUAUGAUCCACCCUGUCCCGACGCCGAGCUCAUCCCUCUGGAGCCAGAUCCUCCUUCUAUCUCCAUGGCUCCCAUMUCUACUUCCCACCCUCCACCGUCCGUCGAGUCCACCCCACCAUCGCGCGCUGACGCUGACGCUAAGGAACUCGCACGAUAUACGACUGACCUGGAGCCCGCAGUUCCUAACCUCAUUCGAGAGUACCACGACGUUUUCCCAUCGUCGUUCUCGUACGCCGACAUCCCACCGAUGCGCGACGCUCGCUGGUGGCGCAACCUAUCGGAGUUUAGUUUCACCACUAAGCACAUCAUGGGUGAGACUAAUCGGGUCGCAGAUCCCUUAUCCCGACGCCCUGACCACGAUCAGGAGCAGAUCCAUCUCGCUUCCAUCUCGGUCACCUCCGUCCACCACUCGGUGAUCGACGAGUUUCGCACUCAGUACCGCCACUGCCCCGACUAUCGCGACAUCUACGCGAUCCUUCGGAGUGGCAAAACCGUCCCGAACUACUCUCUCGGGGACCACUGUUUUGUGUACUGGCACGGUUCACAGGGCACCAGAGAGCCCCGUAUUUGCGUUCCCUCCACUGGACAGCUACGUGUCCGGGCAGUAGCAGAGUUCCAUGACGAGGCAUCCGCUGAUCAUAUGGGCUUCCACAAGAUGUUGGCUCAUCUGAGCCGCCUGUACGUCUGGCCGAAGCGCAAGAACUUUGUGAAGGACUACGUCGCAAAGUGUCCCACCUGUCAGGAGGUGAACAAUGCGAACCACUUGCCUUAUGAUUUUCUCCAGCCUCUUCCUAUCCCUGAGGGUCGUUGGCAGUCCAUCUCGAUGGACUUUAUCGGUCCUCUUCAUCCUCUGACCCCCCGCGGUCAUGAUGCUAUCCUGGUCGUCGUCGACCACUUCACAAAGCGUGCACACUUUGUUCUUUGCCAGUAUGCCAUCAGUGCACAUGAGGUCGCCGACAUCGUGUUUGACCAAGUCGUGCGUGACCAUGGCUUACCUCUGAGCAUCAUAUCCGACCAUGACCCAUGCUUUACCAGCCGAUUCUGGCGACGGCUCCACGAGGUUUACGGUACCCAGCUCCGCUUCUCCUCGUCUUACCAUCCCCAGACUAAGAAGAGGUUAACAAAGACUCUCGGAGAUAUUCUCCGAAAGAUUGUUCGUGACGACCAGCAGUGGGAUCUCCAUCUUGCCCACGCGGAGAUAGCCUACAACCACGCCGUCUCGCCAACCACGGGGAUGUCGCCUUACUAUUGCGACCUCGACUAUCACCCCCGUGUUCCCGUGAACUUCCUUCGACCGUCACAGAUGCACCCCGAAACGAAUUGUCCCGCGCUGGAUGAUUGGGUUGCACACAUGACGUCGAUUAUGAAAACCGCACAUGAGCACAUAGCCGCUUCCCAGACUCGCAUGGCAGCACGUGCGAACCGAUCGAGGAUGGAUCAUUCAUUCAAAGUCGGUGAUGAUCUUCUUAUCGACGCUCGCCACUUACAGCUCAAAGCGGACACGCUUCGCAAGUUUCAACAUCGCUUCUUUGGCCCAUGCCGCAUCCUCCAGGUUGUCGGUUUUGAUACGGCAUAUAGCCCGUUCAGCUUCCGUGUGAAGCUGCCCGACUACCUACGCCAGACUCGUGUGCACGAUGUCUACCACGUCUCGUUACUGCGUCCCUACCGCAGACCGUCCAGGCGUUUCGCUGGACGACCAUACGAGCGCCCUCCACCCAUCAUGGUGGACGGCCACGAGGAGUUUCUCGUUUCAGACAUCGUUGGUUACCGAGUCACCGACGACAACCCUCCUCACGUUGAGUAUCUCGUACGUUGGAAGGGUUACGCUGAUGAGGAGGCUACUUGGGAGCCCCUCGAACACUUGCAGCACGCUCGCAUGUUGGUGCGUGCUUAUGAUCGUGCUCGUCGUGUUGGGUUGACUGCUCCUCCUCAGCCCACUGACCCUCCUCUUUCUCCCUCGGCUGAGGAGACCGCUGAAGUCGAGCUUGCUCCAUCUGAGGCAGACCUUCAGCAGCAGUCGGAUGCUUCUGAGCGUCCACAGCGCACUCGUCGUCGUCCUGCUCGAUACGACGAUUGACUCUGACUUACCUUCCCACGU